GCUUUCAUUGCCCACCGCUGCUCACGGUCGUUCCUUAGACUUUUGGUUAACCUAGAUCUGAUUUGUUGUCGCUCUUCAUCGUGUUCAGAGCCUGAUGGGAUGAGUUUACGAGAAUCCAUCAGUGCAGUAGACCUUGAGGAAAUCCGUUGGUUCUUUGUAACCAUGUGGUUUAAAUCACUGAUAGAUGUUACCGUUGUUUCCAUAGCUGUUUGUAUAGCUUUCCAAGCAACAUCUGGGUCAGCCUCGUUUUCAGAACUACCUAAGUGUGACCUCAGUUGUUCCUGGAACCUACUUUUGGUUUUCUCGCUACUCAAUUCAGUCCUAAUGGGUCUUUUAGUGUAGCUUUUUUGCGUCCAGUGGGGCGCAAGCCGAUGCGUGCCCGUAUUGGAGCAUGAUCACAGUCGAAACAUGAACUCCAGAACGAUCGACGGUCUUCUGUCGAACCUCUCCAACGAUGACUGAUGGCAAUAUGGUCUAUUUGAGUCCAUCGUUGGCUUGGUGUAGGGGGUCGCCAUAUUAGACGAUGUCUCUCCUUAUGCUUCAAAUUUGUGUUUCUUAAAAAUAAACGAUUGUCUGAGCACAGUUGCAGCAGACGACCACCAUUAUCUGUUCGUUGUGCCGGAAUACUAAAAAAACCACCUAAAUGCCCUUCUGUUUGGUUUAAAAUACCUCUCUGGGCAUUAAAGUCACCUGCUACGAGUACUAUGUUUGAACGUUUAGCUUUCUGAAGAAGUUCAGAUAGCUUACUGUAAAAUUCAUCUUUCACUUCAUCUGAGCUGCAGUCGGUGGGAGCGUAGGCAGAAACGACAAAAAGGCAACGACGUGUGUCCCUAUCCUUCCGAGUUCUUACGGAGCCGUUUAGCUGAACAGUACAUAAACGACUGUUAACGGGGAUCCACUCUAAUAGUGCUUGUUCAGCCCUCAUGCUUAGUGCUAUCCCUACUUCAGCCAGUCCACGAGAGCUGACCGUCGGGUCACCAGAUACACGGAGGGUGUAUCUCGUUGGCUCUCCGUUUUGCUGAGGUGAGUUCAAGUGAAUGACCACACUGGGAUCCUGUGUGCGUGUUUCAGAGACACAGAAUACAUCAAUGGUACGAGAUUCUAGGGUUUUAGCCAAGGAGGCCUAUUGACCGAUUUGACGUAGGGUGCGUACGUUGAAGGCUCCAAUGUGUAGUUUGGAGUGAGGCUUCAAUAGACCUGGGACAGUGUUUUGAGCACUAGAAUCGUUGGCUAUGGUGACACUUGAAAAAGAAGCCGAAAAAGAAAGUUUAGAGGUGAAAGUCGAUGUAGGAGGAAUAGUAGGAAGUGAAGACGGAGGUUGAUUAUGAGUACAGUGAUCUUAAGUGCUGUUAGAGGUAUGAGGGCGGUUAUCACUCCCCGGUUACCCACACCGUGGAAGGGCUCUUCUGGAGGUGCCUGAAAAGGAAAUUGGAUUACAGGUGGUCUUAGUGACCUGGGAGCGUGACCGCAGUGCCCAAGGGACAACUGCUUGAGGUCGGUCACAAACGACCUUUUUAUGAGUAAUCUUUGUGUUAGCUCCGUACUUGUUGAGACCUUACCGCCGGAGACGGAUAACCGUGGGAUAAGGCAGGUGUGCCUUUUUAGGGUCGACCCUUUCUAGCUCCACCCCUCCCUGUGGGAAGGCAGCGUCACUGUCAUGCUGGUUGUCUGAAGGAAACACCUUACUCCUGUCACACCUGUGUACAGUCAGCAGUACGACUUCGCCUUGGGACCUUGGGUUUGCUGCUUUUAGUCUUACCGCUCUUCAACCGACCUGUCUAACAUGGUAGGACCUUGAGGAACGGUUGUUCUAGCCAGUAUAGCUCGGUUGCUUCAUCACGAUACGCAAGUCUGACCACCACGUCAAGGUAGCAACAACGGUCGGGGGCUUAUGGAUCUACUCCAAGAGCAAACAGAUAAGUGUAAAUAUCUUUGAAAAAAUUCUAAGAAUAUUUACAAUUAUCUUAGACACACGAAAACUUCGGAAGUGAAGAUCUUCCAGAGUAAAAAUAGACAGUGAGCAUGCGCCUAUCUAUCCAUAGAUUGAUCAGAUUUUUCGCAGUAAAGACCUAGAAACAUGAACAAAUCUGUAAUUAUGGAUAAAAAUAAGUUCAUAUCAAGUUGUUUCGCAAGUACUCCCUCCGACUUUCAGCGUAAAUGCCGGACGUUAGACUCCGUCUCAAUAUGAAAAGCGAGUGUCGAUUGUUAUUUCAGUAUUUAGAGCCCCCAAAUGCCCUGGUAUGGCCAAGAGUAGGGUGGGCCGGUCAUCCCUCUCGAAAUGCUCUCGCACGGCCGCGCGUAUACAACCUCUGCCAGGGAAGUCCUACUCAUUGCCUUCUUGUGGCGGGGCUGCUGUUUACGAAAAUGAGAAGACGGAAAGCGAAUGUUCGGUGCUUUGACCGGAUUCCAAACCAAUGGUGCAUAUGGGCUCCAGUAUACUAAAGGAACAAAUGGCGUGUGAACCGAUCGUUGGUCACCGGCUACCAUGUGACUGCAUCUCCUCACGAUGAUCCACUGCCUUGUGGGUCAGACCUUUAAGUCAAAGGCUCGGGGUGUGGCACCCUGAGAAAACCACCUUCAUCGAUUUGGGCACCCGGGCAGUAUCAAAGCCCUCACACAUAUCGAAUGAGAUUUAUGUGGCGCAUAUGUAUUUGGUGUCUCCUUGUACCAAUAUUUACGUGUUAAAAUAAUAAUAAUAAUAAACCUGAGCUUGCCAGUCAUUUCACACAAGUUGGCAUUUCAGCGAAAAGAGCAGUUCAGAAGUGCAGGUUUUAUGGAUGCAUACGAAAAAAGAAUAUUUUCCUAAUAAUUAGGCGCACUAACACUUCAAUUCUCGUCUUUAUGCAUCAACAAAAAACAACUUGCCGAGCUGUAUGACAUCUCGACGCAGGUGUAUUUUCACGACGUAAGACAAAAUACAAAAGCAUCAUCGGAGAAAACAAGAACAUGUACGUACUAAUUUGAAGUUAUAACUAUUCAUUGCCGCUUUAUAGGUGGUGUUCAGCACCAGGAAACACAACUGCAAGUCAUACUUCAGGUCGAAAAUUGUUAAACAGAUUACGGCAGUUUGGCAUUGUUGUAAAUUUUCGCGUUCAUAAAAUUUCAGAAUUCACAAAAUUAUUUCAGUACGUAAUAGCAACACUGCAGUUAUAUAAACUGUUUGUGAUCAAUAUCCUUAUACCAUGAUUUUUCUUGUCAGAUGUCUUUACCCAUAUGCCAUUUUUUGACGUAGUCGAUUGCAGUCGUUAUGUGAUUUGUUACGGAAAUAAAGGCAAAUCUAGGUGACCUUUGGGGUUAGGCAAAAGGUGGACAAAAAAGUGUAUAAUCAGGCGUACAGCGAAAACGUAAGCGAAUAGUGAACGAUUCGGCGCGUAUAUUGGCGAGAAGUAGACAAAUCAGCGGCAUUUUAAACACAUACCGACAAAACGGUGGAAUUAUGCAUUGUUUCUCCAUGGCAGGCGAAAAAGAGGACAGUCUGUUGCGUUUUCCCAUCACUUCUCCUUUAUUUUCUAACGCAAAGUACCGUUUAUUUCGCCCUUGUUCGCAUACAUUUCCAUUUAUCAUUUAAGAUUCUUAUUAUUUUAUGAGUAUAUGAAAAUACAAUAUUGAUAUACCUACGGAAGUGGUAAAAGAUACUUGUCCAUGUGUUACGGCAAAUAUUCGCGAAAUAAUUAACAUGAAUAGCUUGAAAAACAUUUGUGCACAGAGGUUUUAUCAUGUAUGAUGCAGUGCACAGUGGUUUGACAAGAUAUUUAAACGAAAUUAAAAAGACCCACUUUUCUCAAUUUUCAUUUGGCCCCGGCCUUGAAUAC